UUUAGGGUUGAUGGAAUACUGUGAGGGGUUUAGCCGGACAUCUGCCAGAUUCGCGUAGAAUGUGAGCUCCAGAGCGUCGAUUAGAGCGUGCAAUAGCUGGAAUUUUGUGGCAAGCAAGUAGAUCUAAGGAAGAAGAUCACAGAGGCGUCGCAAGAUUAAAAUUGGUAGCAGCGUUGCUGUGAAGAAUGUAGAAUCGUUUUUCUUUUGCGAGAUUAUUGCUCCGAGGCGAGGGGAAGCGAUGAUCGUCAAGUAAUGGACGAGCAAGUGAUGAAUUUGGAGCAAUCCCAGCGGCAGCAGCGUGAGUAUCUUCAUAGUAAGUCAAGUAUGAGCUCUCCAGCUCCUCCUCUGCUCAACAUGACUGGAACCUUUCUUUCUAAUCAGAUCUUGCCUCUCAAAGGGAAGUGGGAGGCUCUCCGGCAGAGGAAGCUCAACAUCUCCGAAUUAUCCUUAGCACGGGAGAGUGACGCGAACCAAGCCAAGGAAACAGUCCGGCUCGAGUUAGACGUAGAUCUAGAAAUGCAAGGUAGGAGCGGUAACAUUAACAGGAUUGGAAGCUCUGGGGAUGGAACAGGAUCAGGGGUCUGGCUAGAGAAUCACCACCACCACCAUCAACACCACCACCAUCAUCAACAUCACCACCAAGAACAGGAAGAACAGCCGCAGCAGCAGCAAAAGUUGGAGAUCAAGAAUAGCAAGAGCUUGGGAGGGGAGCUUUUCCAGCCGGCACCACCGCCACCCUGCGGCAGCUCCGCCAUCGUCUCUGCCCAAGACGACGAGAUGUUGUCGUGGCUGCACUACCCCAUGGACGAAAGCUUCGAAAAGAGCUACUGCUCGGAUUUGUUUGCCGACGUUCCUAAUUCAGGCAUGCAGACGUUUGCUGGCUGUAGCAGCAGCAGGCGGGCAACGAUUGCUCACACGUCGCCCCCAGCCAUCCAGCCGAGUGGUAAUGCUCCUCCCGCCACCACCAGCAAGCUUCCAAGCGCGGAAGCCGCGAUGGCGCUUGGUGCCGAGCGCGCAGCUGGGCUGAGCUCACAGGUGGGCCUCGAGGCCUUUUGCAGAGUCCGGACCACUGCCCCGAUCCAACCUCCGGUUCCCAAGUGGCCUACGGCUUCGACGACGGUAACGACGACGACGGUGGCACCGGCGACUGCUACUCCGUCGUUAGCAGCCAUGAAUCCCGAAGUAGCAGCAGCAGCAGCAGCAGCAGCAGUCUUCGAUCAAAGGCAAGCGUCAAAACCAAAUUUUUCUGCGAGCUCGGCAGCCACCACCACCUUCGUUCAUGAGUCCGAGCAGCAAGGAUUGAAGAGAGGUUUGGUCCAGCGGAGCAGCAGCUCGAUCGUGGCGGAGUCGGCUCCGCUGGUUUCUCCGCACAAAGCUGGCGAUCAUGCGAGAGCUGUCAAGAGAGAGCAGGCGGGAUCCAUGAUCUCCGGGGGAGGGAGCUCGAGCUGCAAGACCAAGUCGUUUGGAAACGACGAGAGCCAGCACAAGAGUGUGGCGGGAUCGAAGAAGUAUGACGCGGAGCCUACCAUCACUUCCUCGUCCGGGGGGUCGGACAACACGACGGAGAAGUCGGACAAGGCCGAGAGGAUUGCCGAGAAGAGGAAGGCUCCACAGAUGACCGAGUCCAUGGAUUGUCAAAGCGAGGACGUGGAAGCGGAGUCUGUCGACACCAAAAAACCAGCCACUCGUCCGAAGAGAAGCCGGGCAGCCGAAGUUCACAAUCUCUCCGAGCGUCGGCGGCGCGAUAGAAUCAACGAGAAAAUGAGAGCCUUGCAAGAGCUCAUCCCAAACUCCAACAAGACUGACAAAGCUUCCAUGCUGGACGAAGCUAUCGAGUACUUGAAGAUGCUACAGCUACAGCUCCAGAUGAUGUCGAUGAGAAGCGGUAUGAGCAUGCCUCCAAUGGCCAUGGCCAAUGGUGUUCGCCACCCACACAUGCAAAUCCCUCCACAGAUGGCUCCGUUGCCUUACGGGAUGGGGAUGGGAAUGGGAAUGGGAAUGCUGGGAGUCGGCAUGAAUAUGGGAAUGGGAAUGGGGAUGGGGAUGAACAUGGUCGACUUGGGGAGCUCGAGCACAGCAGCAGGAGCGGCGGCAGCGGCAGCUCCAUUGAGACCGAUCGUGAGCGAGCCGGAUUCGUACAACGUCUACGUUUCUCAGCAGCAAUUGCAAAUUCCCGUCCAGGCAGGAACAAGUCACUCUCUUGGAUUGCAGUGCUCUGGAAAAGAUCGUCAAAAGUUCUCCUUGUUUCGGUCAUGAACAGGGAAAUGUACAAUGCUUACAUGGUAAACCACCAACACCAACAACAACAGCAGCAGCAGCAGCAGCAGCAGCAAACUCCAACUCCAACUCCAACUCCAACUCAACAACAAAAUCAACCACAGCCCGAACACCACCACCACCACCACCACCACCACCCGAGCGGGUUUUAAUCCAGGAACACACUCACAAGAAGAAUCACGCAAUCGGUCUCCAGAAUAUCAGCGCUCUCUCCUCGCAAGCGCUCUCUCCAAAGACUCGUGUUCUUCGUUUGUUUUGUUGGUUGUUUUGUAUGUAACAUUUGUACUCUCUCCAAUUUAAAAACAAUUGGAAGGAAAGCUCUCUCCUUGGAGAGGUU